GCUGGGCAUGCUGCGAAUUCUAAGACGGAGUCGGUCAGGAAAGGCGUUCAUGAACUUGCGGCCUCCGACCCGUUCUAGUGGCUCGUGGAUACUUACGAGAGGUCCUGGUUCGACGGAAGGGGGAAUAUGGUCAGAGUUGCUCAUCGUGGCGGCCUUAGCUGCUUCUGGAGCGUAUAUAGCACAACAGUGGACAAUCCGACAUCCUCAUGCAGGGCCUUCGCCGCAGGUACAAAAUGUUGCGGCACUGCCCAACCUGCAACUCAUUGCAUACCAAGAACUUCAGCAGCAUGACACGCGGGAAAGCUGCUGGAUACUUGUCCGUGGCCAGAUAUACGACGUGACCGACUUCCUCGCCCAACAUCCCGGUGGUGCAUUGAUCAUUCUCUCCCACGCCGGAAGGGAUGCUACCGCCGCCUAUUCCUCUCACCACCCUCCAGCGCUACUGGAUAAUAUUCUCUCCCCCUCCCAGCACCUCGGCGCUGUUGAUCCAGCGACCCUUCCCCCAGGACACCACGCGUCUUCCGCCGAACUGACGGAAGACGAACAACGUGUCAAGCAAGCUAGGGCGGAGAUUCCACCGCUAAAUAUGUGUAUCAGUGUUCAGGAUUUGGAGGAUGUAGCGAAGAAGGUCAUGAGCAAGGUCGCUUGGGGAUAUUGUAUGUCCGGAGCGGACACUAUGAGUGCAUACAAGAACAAUAUCGCGGCCUUCUCUCGUUAUGCCUUCCGUCCGCGAGUUCUGCGUCCAGUAUCGAGGGUUGACACUUCGUGCUCCAUCCUUGGUAACCCCAGCGCCCUCCCCAUCUUUGUCUCCCCAGCUGCUAAUGCCGGUCUCGGCCAUCCACUCGGCGAACUUGGCAUCGUCCGCGGCGCUGCAUAUGGAGGCAUUAUCCAGGGCGUCGCGUCUACGUCGACUCUUCCGUUGGCGGAGCUGGAAAUGGAGAGGAAGGACGGACAGACGAUGUUCUUUCAGCUGUAUGUGAACAAGGAUCGGCAAGUCAGCGAGAGGCUGCUUAGGGAGGCGGAGAGGAGGGGUUUUAAGGCGGUGUUGUUGACGGUGGACACACCCGUGCCGGGGAAGAGGGAGAUGGAUUUGAAGACGAGGGGGUUACCCACACCGGCAGCUGCGGCGGCGGGUGAGAAACAGCUAAGCUCAACCCAGGCGGGGAUCGCCAACUCCCUGGGUGACUACUUCGAUGCAAAUCUGUGUUGGGAUGAUUUAGCCUGGUUAAGAAGUGUGACAAAGUUACCGAUAAUAUUGAAAGGUGUGCAGACUGUGGAGGACGUAGAACUCGCCGUCCAGCACGGUUGUGAGGGAGUGCUUCUUUCGAAUCAUGGUGGGCGACAGCUGGACUAUGCUCGCGCACCUAUUGAUGUUCUUUACGAAGUCCGCAAGUGCAGACCAGACAUUCUCGAUGAAAAGAAGAUCGAAGUUUACCUAGAUGGUGGUGUGAGGCGCGGAACAGACGUCGUUAAGGCGCUUUGCCUUGGUGCGACAGCUGUCGGGAUGGGACGUCCGUUGUGGUAUGCCAACGCUGCGUAUGGACAGAAGGGUGUUGUGAAGCUGAUUGACAUCAUGGCGGAAGAGAUUGCUACGGCGAUGCGUUUGCUGGGUGUUACGAAUCUCUCCGAUCUUAAACCAGAAAUGAUCAGCCGCAUAUCAAAUUUCGAUCCUAGAAAGCCGUAUCAUCUUCCCGUCAUAUGAUGAGCCAAGAGGUCGGGUCAUCUCGAUUCUGGGCUAGCCAGGGCUACAUCUCAUGGUGAAUGACAUGUGUAUUAAC